AUGGAAAAGAAGACGAAUUGUUGUCCUAAGUGGAACAGUGCGCUCUGGUUAGAGAUUUUGAUUAUAUUGUUGAUAUUGCAUGGCACCAGCACCGAGAUAACAUGCAGGUCGUGCCCGGUUGCAAGCACGGGACUUGUGCGAGAAUUGUGGAUGAAAUUUGUCAUGAACGAAAGUGUGACGGUAUUGAAAGAAGUUGACGGACGCAGUUAUGGGGAUGCGGGGAGAUAUCGGGCUGCAGGAGUUGCAACUCCAAGGCUCCGUCACCAACCAGAUCGAGUAGACAGAUCGAGGCUGACACGGGAUGGAGAAACGCUGCGCUCUAACAAUCAAGUCGCUGAUUUGAUCAAAGAUUCUCAGUACUACGGCCACGGCGGUGCGUAUAGAACGCGAGGCAGGAGGAGCAGCGAUCACGGCAGAGUUGGACGCCCGGAAUCGGGAAACAGGGUGACACGCUCUGAACUGCGCUGGAGCGACGAGGAAAGGAGAGCCGCCGGCGCAACAGAGGACGAGCUCCAAUUUCACAGCUCCACGUUUGCCUUGAGCGGGGAUUCGUCUCACAACCAAGCUAUGGUACACUGGUCUGGCCAGAACAGCAGCGUGAUUUUAAUGCUGACCAAAUUAUUUGACUUCAACCUCAACAGUGUUACUGAGAGCUCACUAUGGAGGUCAACUGACUAUGGAGCAACAUACCAGAAACUGAAUGACAAAUUUGGAGCAAAGACAGUACUCAGUUAUUUGUACGUGAGCCCAAACAACAAACGAAAGAUUAUGCUCUUAACGGAUACCGAAGUGGAGAACAGUCUUCUUGUCAGUUCUGAUGAAGGAGCAACUUACCAAAGGUACCGGCUGAACUUCUAUAUCCUCAGCCUGCUUUUCCAUCCUGAGCAAGAAGACUGGAUUCUGGCUUACAGUCAUGAGCAAAAGCUCUACAGCUCAGUGGAGUUUGGGAGGAGGUGGCAACUAGUACAUGAAAGAGUGAAUCCAAAUCGUUUUUACUGGUCAAAAAUGGGUUUGGACAAGGAGCUGGGUUUGAUUCACUUGGAAACCAUCAUCUCUCAGAGACAGGCACUCUAUGUCACCUGCAAGCUGCAGAACUGCACAGAUGCCAACAAGGGCAAACCAUUCCCUGGCUACAUUGACCCCAAUUCUUUGGUGGUUCAAGAUGAGUAUGUGUUUGUCCAGGUGUCAACUACAGGGAAGCCAAUCUACUAUGUGUCUGCAAAGAGAGAUGUCUUUACUCCAAUGAAACUGCCAAAGUACACUUUUCCAAAGGACUUACAUGUCAUCAGUACGGACGAAAAUCGAGUAGUUGCAGCUAUACAGGAGUGGAACCAGAAUGAAACUUAUAAUUUGUAUGUGUCUGACACGUCAGGUGUCUAUUACACUCUAGCUUUGGAGAAUGUUGUCAGCAGCAUGGGCCCUGAUGGAAACGUCAUGGUUGAUCUGUAUGAGGUGGCAGGAAUAAAAGGCAUGUUCUUGGCCAACAAAAAGACAGACCAGCAAGUAAAGACACACGUUACCUACAAUCGAGGCAGAGACUGGAGGCUGCUGCAGGCUCCAAGCAAAGACGUACAAGGCAAUACCAUACACUGUAUUCCACCAUAUUGUUCAUUGCAUCUCCAUCUUCAUGUCUCUGCAAAUCCCUACACAUCUGGAAACAUAGUAAGUAGGGACUCGGCGCCUGGGAUCAUUGUGGCAUCUGGUUCCUUUGGUUCUGAGCUAACCACUAGCAAUGUCAGUGUGUACAUAACCUCGGAUGCAGGCAACUCAUGGAGACAGAUCUUCAAUGAGGAGUAUGCAGUGCUGUAUCUUGACCAAGGAGGAGCCUUAGUUGCAAUAAGACAUACUCCACAUCCCAUCAGACACUUGUGGUUGAGCUUUGACGAAGGACGGCAGUGGAACAAGUAUAGCUUCACCAACACACCUCUGUUUGUGGAUGGUGUGCUCGGAGACCCAGGGGAGGAGACACUAAUCAUGACGAUAUUUGGCCACAUCAGUCAUCGUUCAGAGUGGCAGUUAAUAAAAAUAGACUUCAGGUCCAUCUUCAACAGGCAAUGCACAGAGGCCGAUUAUAAGACGUGGCACCUUCAUAAUCAGGAGGAGCCCUGUUUGAUGGGAGUGAAAAGAAUCUUUAAGAAGCUGAAGCCCACUUCCAGGUGUGUGAUGGGAAAGCUGGACUUGGUUUCAGUGUCAUCGGGCCCUUGUGACUGCACAGAAGCUGACUUUGAAUGUGAUUAUGGCUUUGAGCGAUGGACGAAUGGGAAGUGUACUCCUGCCUUUUGGUUUCAUCAAUCGGCAAUGUCCAGAAACUGCACUACAGGGAUGACUUUCCUGAACAGCACUGGCUACAGGAAGGUGGUCUCAAACAACUGUACUGCUGGAGUCAUUGUGGAGUACACGGCCAAGAGGGAGCAUUGCUCCAUGCAACCACCUAAAGGUCUCCACCUUGUCACCAGUGAGGGUACACUGUCAGCUGAACUAGGCACCAAUGUCACCUUUCUCAUUUUUCUGGAGCAGGGUGACGUGGCACGGACAAGCAUUACACUGGACUUCGGGGAUGGGCAUGCUCUGACAUAUUCUAAUCUGAGCUCCAUUGAGAAUGGAAUAAAACAUAUCUACAGUAAUGCAGGGAUCUACCGGGUGACUGCUGUGGGGAAUAAUAUCCUUGGCACAGAGACUGCGGUUCUCUACCUGCACAUAAUAUGUCACCUGGAAUCCAUCCAUCUCUCAGCUCCCUUUGUGACUGUGAAGAAUAAAGAAGUGAACCUGUCAGUGAUUCUGUGGCCGAGCCAAGUGGGAACGGUUACCUAUACCUGGUGGAUUGGAAAUACCACCAAGCCCAUAAUCACCCUAGAGGCAAGUGUGACAUGUACAUUUUCCCAGGAAGGCAUCAGUACAGUCACAGUGCAGGUCUCUGCAGGGAAUACUAUUUUACAGGAAAGAAAGGCCAUCUGUGUCCAUGAAUACUUUCAAUCGCAUCUACUGUCAUUUUCUUCCAACCUGGAUGACCACAACCCUGAUGUUCCAGAAUGGAGGCUGGAUGUGAGCCGAGUCAUCAAGAAUUCGCUUAUUCAGGCCACAGCUGUGAAAGGGGAUCAUCUUCUGGUCACUGUUCUCCCCGGUUUGCCUACAACAGCAGAAUUCUUCCUUCUGCUUGAUCCGCAGCUAAUUGAAGGACAACAGAAGAAAAAACAUGCUCAUUUAAAUCAGGUCUCUGAGAUGAUCCAGAGGGCCUUGUAUCAAAAUCUGGUUCAGUUCACCCUGCGGCCUGGGGUCCAGGUCACUGUUUAUGUAGCACAUCAAUCAACAGCACCACUAAUGGAGAGCAACAAUAACCACAGUACCUCUGCUAUCCUGAUGCUCCUAUCAAUUGUAGUUGUGGGUUUAGCUGUAUUUGUCAUCUAUAAAUUCAAGAGGUAAAAUAUUCAUAAAAUGGCAUGCGUACUCCAGGUGGGAAGUCAAAGGUGGCCUUGCUUGUUUGUGAUGAAGCUAUGGAAACAAAAGCUUGAGAGGUUUUAUUUAGUGUUGCUCGCUGCUCAGCAAAAGUCUUAAGCUUAAGCAGAAUUCCUUGGAAAGGAAUAGUCUUUUCACUUCAUACAUAUUCUAAAAUACGGUGGAAGUCUUUUGUUUGGUCAUUCUUUUCAAACGAAAUGUCACUCAGUCGUCAUCGUUUAUCAAUAGUAAGUCCUUUGAAUGUCGGCAAAUGACCUUUCUCAAAUGUUAAAUACGUCUUCUCACCAAGGUGUUGUUGCACAGUCAUAGGGCACGAGUUACCUUGACAAUUUAGACAGUCAAAAGAAAAGAGCAAAAUCUUAUCAACUAUACUAGUAGUUGCUGACAUGUCAUAUCACAUUGAGAGAUUAAAUAUUACAAAAAGUAUGCCACUGGUAUGCUUUUAGGAGAGCAGUAUAAGUGUGGUUAAUACACUUAAUGUGGGCAGACUCUUGUUUAGGUUAGGCCACACCCUUUAUCCAUUUACCUCAAAUGUAAAUAUUUUCUCAAGGAAGAUCCCAGGCCUCAACGUCUAUGCACAGAUGCAGAACGAAAAGGAACAAGAAAUGAUCAGUCCAGCUAAUCCAACAGAGUCCACGCCCAGGUCACAGGGAGACGUGAUUCAUUCUUUGGAGACUUUGGACACAUCCUUUA